AUGGCGGGGAAUACGGGAAUGGAGCAGCUUAUUCCCAUAGUUAAUAAAUUACAAGAUGCUUUUACACAGUUGGGUGUACACAUGCAGCUGGAUCUUCCACAAAUAGCUGUGGUGGGUGGACAAAGCGCUGGAAAAAGUUCGGUUUUGGAGAACUUCGUUGGAAGAGAUUUUUUACCACGAGGCUCCGGUAUCGUCACACGUAGACCAUUAAUUCUUCAAUUAGUCAAUGCUUCAGUUGAAUAUGCAGAAUUUCUACAUUGCAAAGGAAAAAAAUUUGUUGAUUUUAAUGAAGUCAGGUUGGAAAUUGAAGCAGAAACAGACAGAGUUACAGGUUCAAAUAAGGGAAUUUCAAAUAUUCCAAUCAAUUUAAGGGUUUAUUCACCAAAUGUUCUCAAUUUGACUUUAAUCGAUUUACCGGGAUUAACAAAAGUCCCUGUGGGUGAUCAACCGGCAGAUAUCGAAAGUCAAAUCAAAGGAAUGAUUUUUCAAUUUAUAACAAAAGAAAACUGUCUUAUUUUGGCUGUCACUCCAGCCAAUACUGAUUUAGCCAACAGUGAUGCUCUUAAACUAGCUAAAGAAGUAGACCCUCAGGGGAUCCGUACGAUUGGUGUAAUUACAAAAUUGGAUCUCAUGGACGAAGGAACCGACGCCAGAGAUAUUUUGGAAAAUAAACUGCUACCACUAAGACGAGGUUAUAUCGGAGUGGUUAACAGAAGUCAAAAGGAUAUAGAUGGACGAAAAGACAUUAGUGCAGCUUUGGCAGCAGAGAGAAAAUUUUUUUUGAGUCAUCCACAAUAUCGUCACAUAGCCGAUCGUUUGGGAACUCCGUACCUUCAAAGGGUUCUUAAUCAACAACUCACAAACCACAUUAGAGAUACACUUCCUGGUUUGCGAGACAAAUUACAAAAACAGCUUUUAACACUAGAAAAAGAUGUAGAACAGUAUAAGUAUUUUAGGCCUGAUGAUCCGGCAAUCAAAACAAAGGCUAUGUUGCAAAUGAUUCAACAACUUCAAUCAGAUUUUGAAAGAACAAUUGAGGGCUCUGGCUCUGCACAGAUAAAUACUAUGGAAUUGUCGGGUGGUGCUAAAAUCAAUAGAUUAUUCCACGAAAGAUUCCCCUUUGAAAUUGUUAAAAUGGAAUUUGAUGAAAAAGAAUUAAGAAGAGAAAUAGCAUUUGCUAUUAGAAAUAUUCACGGUAUUCGAGUUGGAUUAUUUACUCCGGACAUGGCGUUUGAAGCAAUUGUAAAAAAGCAAAUUUCAAGAUUAAAAGAACCUAGUUUAAAAUGUGUUGAUCUAGUCGUUCAAGAAUUAUCCAAUGUUGUUAGAGUUUGUACUGAUAAGAUGAAUAGGUAUCCCAGGCUUCGGGAAGAAACUGACAGAAUAAUAACAACCCAUAUUAGAAAACGUGAACAGACAUGUAAGGACCAAAUCAUUUUAUUGAUAGACUGCGAAUUAGCUUACAUGAAUACGAAUCACGAAGAUUUUAUUGGAUUUGCAAAUGCCCAAAAUCAAACGGAAAAUUCGGUUAAAAGUGGAAGAAAAUUGGGUAACCAGGUUAUUCGAAAGGGUUUCAUGUGCAUUCACAAUUUGGGCAUUAUGAAAGGAGGUUCGAAAGAUUAUUGGUUUGUUUUAACAUCGGAAAAUAUAUCUUGGUACAAAGACGAAGAAGAAAAAGAAAAAAAAUACAUGUUGUCUUUAGAUGGUCUUAAGCUUCGAGAUGUUGAACAAGGCUUCAUGUCUCGAAGGCACACUUUUGCAUUAUUUAAUCCAGAAGGAAGAAAUGUAUAUAAAGAUUGUAAACAGUUGGAACUCAGUUGCGAAACUCAAGAGGAAGUAGAUUCGUGGAAAGCUUCAUUCCUUCGAGCAGGUGUUUAUCCUGAAAAAUCAACGGAGCCUACCAACGGAGAGGAGGGCAGCAAUGAAGGCUCAUCAUCGAUGGAUCCUCAAUUGGAAAGACAAGUUGAAACUAUUCGGAACUUAGUUGAUUCUUAUAUGAAAAUUGUUACCAAAACUACAAAAGAUCUUGUUCCAAAGACUAUAAUGAUGUUAAUCAUUAAUAAUGCCAAAGAUUUUAUCAAUGGAGAGCUCCUUGCUCAAUUAUACGCUUCUGGUGAUCAGGCUACAAUGAUGGAAGAAAGUCCAGAAGAGGCUUUAAAAAGAGAAGAAAUGCUUCGUAUGUAUCACGCUUGCAAGGAAGCACUUAAAAUCAUUGGGGAUGUCUCGAUGGCAACGGUUACAACGCCUGUUCCUCCUCCCGUUAAAAAUGAUUGGCUUGCUAGUGGAUUGGACAGCACAAGACGUGGAGUUCCUCCACAGGUUAAUAUCGGUGCUGCGCAAAAUCGACCUCCUCCUCAACCGCCUUCAACAGGAAGACCUGCACCGGCAAUCCCUAACCGUCCCGGACCCGGAGGACCGCCGAUGCCUCCUGGCAGACCGGCAGGAGCAGGAUUGCCGCCACCACUCAUUCCUUCGUAA